CCUGGCGAGCGGGAAGGUGGAGGCGGGGCGCGAUGUGGCGCUGUUCUCAAGCAGGUUCCAGUUGCGGCCGCUGCUGCAGGGCUGCAUGGGCUGGUGGCGCAAGCGGCUGGUGGCACGGUUGACAGGGGACGGCCGCACGCUGCCGCUGCUAGCGGAGCUGGUGCGGGGACUGCAGGAGCUGGAUACCCAGGCGGAGGACCACCCCUCGGGACAGCAGCCCGGCAGCAGCAGCAGGUCCGUCUUCGACUCUGCUGGCCCCGCGGCCAAGAGGGCCAAGAGGUGCAGCCAGGGCUCGUUGGCUGGGGCGGAAGUAGGUAGGCAUGCGGAGGGCGGCAGCGGCAUGGCCUGCGGUGGGAGUACCGGUGGCGGCAACGGUGGCGGUGGCCACAGCAGUGCCUGUGGCGGCGGCGGCAGCUGGGUCAUCGCCGUCAGUCAGGGCCCCGUGCCGCUCUCCCUGCGGCUUCAGCGCUACCUGUGGUGGG